CACAACCCAAAGGAAUGCUCCGUUAAAUUACAUUCAGAUGGGAGGUUGGCAUGCCCGUCCUUUGCGUUAUGGACGAUGCCGCCGUGCUUAAGAAGAAAGGUUACAUCCUGGGACGCAUUCUGGGUGAGAGCUCCUUUGCCAAAGUGAAAUCAGCCUACUCGGAGCGCCUAAAAUUCAACGUGGCCGUGAAAAUCACAGACAGGAGGAAAGUCCCCACGGAGUUCUUAGAAAAAUUUCUGCCCCGGGAGUUGGAGAUUUUGUCCACCGUGAACCACUGCUCGAUCAUCAAGAUCUACGAGAUCUUUGAGACCUCUGGGAAAGUCUAUAUCGUGAUGGAGCUCGGGGUGCAGGGAGACCUGCUGGAAUUUAUCAAGAAUAACCGUGGUCUUCCCGAGGAAGUGGCCCGCCGCAUGUUCCGGCAGCUGUGCUGCGCGGUCAAAUACUGCCACGACUUAGACGUGGUGCACCGGGACCUGAAAUGCGACAACGUUCUGCUGGACAAAGACAUGAACGUCAAGUUGUCGGAUUUUGGCUUUUCCAAGCGGUGUUUCCGGGAUGGGAACGGCAAAAUCAUCCCCAGUCAGACGUUCUGUGGUUCUGCGGCUUAUGCCGCCCCCGAGGUGAUUCAGGGCAUCCCUUACCACCCCAAAGUUUAUGACAUGUGGAGCUUGGGCGUCAUCUUGUACGUCAUGGUCUCCGGGUACAUGCCGUACGACGACUCCAACGUCAAGCGGAUGCUCCGGCUGCAAAAGGAACACCGGGUCCUCUUCCCCGAGUAUUUGAGCCUUGAGUGCAAAGAUAUUAUUUUCCGCAUGCUGCAGCCUGACGUCUCUCACCGGCUACGGAUUGAAGAAGUUUUGAACCACCCUUGGGUACAGGGGAAGCGGCUGAAGUCAUAG